UGUCCCAAGAUGCUUGCCAAAAGGCACCCAUAAUACUGCGAAAAGCGCCAAAACCGUGAGUACCGGCACAGCUGCAUUCUCUUUGGAAUACAGCGCAGUCUGUAUGAACGACAAGGCAGGCUCACGCAAUCAUGCCACGGGUUGAGCCAUGACCAUCUACAAUUCAUAUCGCAGACUUUGAGGCAGACCGCGAAUGUCUUGGGAGAGAUCAUGGGGUUUGUGCCUGGUCUUGGGUCGUACUCGUAGUCGUUCUCGAAACCGGGGUAGUCUGGGAGGUCCUCGCCUUGGGAAAGGACGCGCCCGGUAUCAAACUUCUCCAGCUGUAAGAGUUAGACUUGUGGUAUCUUGCAGGUGUAGUAAUAGAAGACGCGGUACCUUUACGAAUCGACAGAACCGGAAGCGAAAUGGUGAUGCGAGCCGUUUGAUCCAGCUUCGAUGCUUUCUGUACCGUGUUUUGAGCUCACGAAAGAACAUAGGAUCAUUCAGCAGAGUUGUGAUGCUGAUCUGUUCAACUUCCAAAGACCACCGCGACCCUUGCACGGCAAAAAGGACACGCUUUGAUGGGUCUGGAGAAGUGGCUGGGAGAACCGUCGCUGAUUGACCAGAAGUUUGUGGUGAUGAGUUGUCAUUGCCAGUUGCCAGAGAGUUAGUAUCAGUUUCACCAGCAGUCUGAGAGUUAUUCGUUGACGUCGGCACCGCAGAGGAACUUGUGGGAGUAUAGCGUUGACUGGCUUUCGAUGAUACUGAAGAGCUUGACGAUCGACUAGCAGUGGACUUGGUCAACGU